ACCCGGAAGUGCGAGCCUGGAGAUGGCUGGGGAUCGGAAAGUGGAGCUCAGCGAGGCCCUGGCGCUGGGUCAGGGCUGGCGCCACGCCUGCCACGCGCUACUCUACGCGCCCGACCCUCGCAAGCUGUUCGGCCGCUUCCCGUUGCGCUUCGCCGUGCUGAUGCAGAUGCGCUUCGACGGGCGCCUAGGCUUCCCCGGCGGCUUCGUGGACGCGCAGGACAGCAGCCUGGAGGACGGGCUGAACCGUGAACUGCGCGAGGAGCUGGGCGACGCGGUGGCCGCCUUCCGCGUGGAGCGCUCCGACUAUCGGAGCUCACACCUCAUGGACGGACAGCGCGUGGUGGCCCAUUUCUAUGCCAAGGGCCUGACGCCGGAGCAGCUGCAGGCGGUGGAAGCCAGGGCACCUCAAGCCAAGGACCACGGUCUGGAGGUGCUGGGCCUGGUGCGGGUGCCUCUGUACAUCCUUCGUGAUGGUGUGGGAGGCCUGCCCACCUUCCUGGAGAAUUCCUUCAUUGGUGCUGCCCGGGAACAGCUACUAGAAGCCCUUCAGGACUUGGAACUUGUGAAUCCUGGCACUAUUGCAAACCUCAAGAACCCAGCUUCUAAGUAGAAGUUGCCCACCACGGACCUAUGGAAGCCAAGAUGAGGGCUUUGGUAUAAGGGAAGGAGGGAGGGAGGGAGAGGCAAAUACUUUCUCUUUGGGGGCUGAGAGGUGAAAGUUGAUACAAGAUUAAAGACAGAGGUGUUUUCCACAGAGGACCUUGUCUGAUGGCAUUAGGAAUAAAAGACCUUGGUUGUA